GGCGUCAGUAUCGAGCAAAGCGUUGGACGGGGAGGGUCGCUGCUUGUUCCCAUCGAGAGGGCCACUUCGCCGCCUCUACUCCUCCUCCCCCCCACACGCCAGCACAAGCCUCGUCUACCGCAGCUGGUGGAAGGGAUAGAAAGCCGCGAGCGUGUCCGUGUUAUACAGCAAACAAAAAAUAAAUAAAAAUAAACAGAAUCACAAUUUUUUUUAUACAGGUGUCACCAAAGUCAAUUCACAGCAUCACUUCACAGCAUAUACGAAAAAAUAGUGACUCGAGAAAGCCCAUAAGCUGUGUCUGCGUGUGCCAGCAAAUCACCCGCAGCAUCCCACAGCAUCCCGCAGCAAUCCAGCACAGCACACGACCCUUCUCUCCCCUCGCAGCCCCUACCAACGCUCUCCCAGUCGCGCAGUGCCAUCUCAGUGUGCGAUUCACUAUUGUUCUUUGUGGGGAAAAAGUUCUUUCUAUUCAUUCCUGGUGAGAGGGAGAAGUGUGGGGCUUGAAGGAGGGUAGUGCAGGAAGCGAAGGAAGCGAAGGAAGUGAAGGAAGGAAGUGAAGGAAAGCCACUAAGAAGAUUGGCUCAUUCUUGUCCUCGUCCCAGCAUCGCAUCUGAUCCCCACGACGCUGCGCCGGGACGCUGGGCGGUGAUGUGACUGCUGGCGCCGGCAGGAGGCGGAGACCUGACGCCGGUGCCACAACCGUCCACGCUCCAGCAGCAGCACGGGGCGGGCCGCCGGGCAUGGCAGUGCGCACGUGAGCGCCGCGAGAAGGCGCGGCCGCACCGCCCGGAGGGACGGGCGUGCCAUGCUGAGGGAGCCCGCGCCUCCAGCGGACCCAUGCAACAUGCCGGGGCGCGCCGCACCGGCAACAGCGGCUCCACGGGGCACCGCGGUGUGCUGAGCUCAGUCAAACAUGGCGGCGGGGGCGCGGAGCGGCGGCCCUGCUGCCGCGUCCCCGGCCGCAGGCUAUCCGCGGCAGGAGUGGCAGCGGUGGUGGCAGUGGCGCUGCUGACGGCGGCGGGCGGCGCGGGCGGAGAGAAUCGCAGCCCCAGAGUGGUGACCACCAAGUACGGCAAGCUGCGCGGCGCCAUCCGCGCCCUGCCCGGCAAGGACCUGCGCUCCGUGGAGGUGUUCCUUGGGGUGCCCUAUGCCACGCCCCCCACGGGCUCCAACCGCUUCAGCCCCACACGCACGCCGGACCCCUGGAAGGAUGAGCGCCUGGCAGACCAGUACGGCCCCGUGUGUCCCCAGCACCUGCCCGAGCUUUGGGGCGCCCGUGAGGAGGCCGCCAUGCCGCGUCCCAGACUGCUGCACCUGCGGCGCCUGGCCAACUACCUGACGCACCAGGCCGAGGACUGCCUCUACCUCAACAUCUACGUGCCCUCCCUCGUGGCGGACAAGACAGGACACGGCGCGCUGCCAGUCGUGGUUUACAUUCACGGGGAGAGCUUCGAGUGGGGCGCCUCCAACCCUUAUGACGGCUCAGUGCUGGCGGCUCAUGGCCAUGUCAUCGUUAUUACUCUCAACUACCGCCUUGGGCCUCUCGGGUUCCUCAACACCAAUGCUGACCCUAGCGGGCGCGGCCACAUCAUGAACCACGGCCUCAUGGACCAGAUCGCGGCGCUCCACUGGGUGCAGGAGAACAUCGGGGCCUUUGGAGGCGACCCCGGCAGCGUGACGCUCCUUGGGCACGGCACGGGCGCAGCGUGCAUCCACUUCCUGAUGGCGUCAGCGGCGGUGGUGCCCGGCCUUUUCCAGCGCGCCGUGCUCAUGUCCGGCUCGGCCUUCAGCCCCUGGGCCACCGUAGACAACCCCACACACUAUGCCCUCAAGUACGGCCGCGCCCUCAACUGCACGGCCAACAUGACGCCAGUGGCGGAGCCUGGCCACCGCCGCGACCCGCCGCCCAAGCCCUCAAACAAAGAGCUGGACGAAAUGGUGAACUGCCUGAAGGAGAAGUCGCUGGAGGACCUGCAGGCGGUGCACAUCUCGGCGCCGCAGUUCCUGUACCCGUUCGGGCCGAGCGUGGACGGCAUCGUCAUCAAGAAAGACUACCGGCGGGAGAUGCGGAAGCGUGCGGACGAAGGCAGCCGCGAGUACGACCUGCUGUUCGGCGUGGUGCCGCACGAGGCCUUCGAUCUCUUCACGGCUGACGACGUGGACCGCGGCUUUGACCUGGAGCGGCGGGACCGCAUCUUCCGCACGAUGGUGCGCAACGCCUACGACUACCACCUCAACGAGGUGUUCAUCUCGCUGGUCAACGAGUACACCAACUGGGAGCAGCCUGACCCGCAGCCCUACGAGAUCCGCGACGCCACCCUGGCAGCGCUCAGCGACGCCCUCUACGUAGCGCCGCUGCUCACUGCCGCCAACAACGCCCGCAUGGGCCACAAAAACCAGUACUUCUACGUGUUCAACCACACCUCGCUGCAUGCCGCCAGGCCCUACGGCGUGACGGGCAGCGUGCACGGUGGGGAGCUUCCCUACGUGUUCGGGGCGCCGCUGGUCGGGGAGCUCGGUGUCUUCUCUGGCAACUGGACAAGACAGGAUAGAGAAGUGUCAGAGGCAAUGCUCACCUUCCUCGCUAACUUCGCCAAGGCAGGGAACCCCAACCUGCGGCACGACCAGAACCUGGUGACCAGCACCCGCGCCUCCAACCUGGUGAGGAGCGUCACGUGGGAAAAGUACGACCCCGUGCACCAGAAAUACCUGACUGUGGGUGGGUACCCCGGGGCGGAGCACCACUACCGAGCACAGCCCCUGGCGCUGUGGACGUGGCUAGUGCCGCGGCUGCAGCGCGUGGGCCGCCUGGAGUUCUUGAGCCUCCGGGAUCCUGAGGGCCGCGAGGACACGGACCCUGAGGAGGCGCUGCAGGAGCUGUCCGUAGUGCACCACCUCUUCUCCCGUUACGAGGACCCUGCGUUGUACUCUGGCCCGGUGAGGCCCCUGCGGCACAUGGCGGGCCACUACGUGGUGCCCUCCACCACCUCCACUACCACGCCGGCCAGCACCGCAGCCCCGGGCUCCGGCACCGCCACGCCCUCCCUGCUCUCAUUGCUCACCACCACGAGGGGCCCCCUCAGUGGCUUUCGGCGACCUGCCCCGGACGCGCCCACGCCCACCGCCCACGUGGAGGAGGCGCGCACGGAGGAGGUGAGCGUGAUGCCGUAUUCCACGGCGCUGUCCGUCACCAUCACCAUCGGCGUGUCGCUGCUCAUCCUCAACCUGCUCAUCUUCGCCGGCGUGUACUACCAGCGGGACAGGAUACGUAUGCGGGACAAGCAGGAGCAGCAGAGCCAACAGGGCAGCCUGGCGGGCAGCGACCAGCAGAUGACUACCCUCAGCCCGCCCACCACCACCACCCUGGAGGUGCCCAAAAGCCUGCUGGCGGCGCCCACCUCCCUCAUGGCGCCGCCGCCCUCACCCUCGCCCCUCACGCAGACCCAGGCCCUCACACACAUCUCGGAGUGCCCCGAGGCCUUUGCCGACCCGCCCGUCGAGAUAGACUGCCGCUGGACGCCCGUCACGAUGGCAACCAAACCCAACGGCAGCGCCACGCUGGUGGGCACGCACACCCACACGCUGCCACCCCAGCAUCAACAUCAGCACCAACACCAGCACCAGCACCAGCAUCAGCACCAACACCAGCCACAGCCGCUCCCGCAGCAGAAGUACCAGCAGCAGCACCAUCACCACCCGCCGCCACACCCGCAGCAGCCACAGCAGGCCACCCUGCCGCGGCCGCCGCCGCCACCGCGGCUCAUGCCCGCCGAGUCCCAGCCGCUGCUGCCCGUGCACGUGCCGGCGCCGCCGCGGGGCAAGAUCCCGCCGUACGACGAGCUGCGGCUAUGAUGGCGGCGCCCUCUGGCGACGGUGCUCUCGGCGGCCGACUACGUGCACAGCCCGCCACCCCUCGUCCCCUUGCACGUCCCUGGAGCAGCACGCCCCUCACGCUCACGUCGUCGAUUACUACGGCGGCUCCUUCUAUAACGGGCUGGAC